AUGACAAUGAUCCUGGGUUACUGGGACAUCCGCGGGCUGGCUCAUGCCAUCCGCCUGCUCUUAGAAUACACAGACUCCAACUAUGAGGAAAAGAAAUACACGAUGGGAGACGCUCCUGACUUUGACAGAAGCCAGUGGCUGAAUGAAAAAUUCAAGUUGGGUUUCGACUUUCCCAAUCUGCCCUACUUAAUUGAUGGGGCUCACAAGAUCACCCAGAGCAAUGCCAUCCUGCGCUAUAUUGCCCGCAAGCACAACAUGAGUGGGGAGACAGAAGAGGAGAAGAUCCGCGUGGACAUCAUGGAGAACCAGUGUAUGGACACCUGCAUGGAGCUGGCCAGGGUGUGCUACAGCCCUGACUUUGUGAGUUCCCAAUGGGCUGGGGGUCUUGGACCUUGGCGACCGGGCUACGCGGUGGGUUGGGCCUUGGGGUCCCUGGACCUUGGUGGCGACCGGGCUGUGGGCCGCCUGGGCCGCGCGGCAGGUAGGCGAUUUGGGCCUUGGUUGGGCCUGGGCCUUUGUGACCAGCCUGGCCUGAAGAAGAUUUCAGUCUACAUGAAGUCCAGCAAUUUCCUCCCACACCCUCUCUUCGGAAAAGAGGCUCUGUGGGGCAAUAAGUAG